UUGAAGCCCCCUGUACAAAUUCGUUCAAACAACAUCGCGUUUUCAUUUUCGCAAAAAACACACCAAAAAAGAAUUGUUUAAAUAAAACAUGCCACAGCGGUGUUGCUGCACAUGCAACAUGACAGCGGCAUUGUGAUCUCGGCUUGCGUUUUUAUGAGUGACCAUGAAAAUGCCAACGAGAAAUUUUCAAAAAUCAAUGAGCAAAAGUGAAAUACAAGCACCAAAAUCAUUCAACAAAAAAGUGAAACAUCAACAACAAACUGUGCAGAAAUAACCGCAAAGCACAGCAAAUAAUAAAUAAAGUAAUAAUAAUAAUAAUAGUGCUUAAGUGAAACCCGCUGCUAGCUGGCUGUAGAAAACCGUUAUGCUGCACUGCCUCCAACAGCUGGGCCGCAGCUAGAGCUAGUGGACACCACCCGGACGGACACACUGGACAGCCGGACAUCCAACAUCAUGGAUGGACAGCGUGCCCGCGAUCUGUUAACGCUGCUCCAGGAGCGUGUCGUCUUCCUAACGGGCGGCAGGGACAGGCGUGGCGGUCCACUGCUCUGCUUCCCCGCAACGCCGCGUCGCGAUCGCCUCAAGCCGGAGGAUCUGCGACGGUUGCUCAGCUACCUAAUCAGCAUACCCAGCGAUGCGGCCAAGAAUCUCGGCUUCACAGUCAUCAUUGAUAUGCGAGGGAAUGGCAACUGUUCGACGAAUGUGAAGACCAUUUUGAAGGUGCUACAGGAGCACUUCAGCGCGAAUAUCCACAACGUGGUGAUCAUCAAGCCGGACAACUUCUGGCAGAAGCAGCGUGCCUCCAUUUCCUCGCACAAAUACAAAUUCGAGACGACAACGAUAUCGAUUGAGGCGCUCAACAAGAUCGCCGAGGGCCAUCAGCUGACGGGGGACUUUGAGGGUCAGCAGCUGUACGAUCAUCAGCAGUGGACGGAUGCCCGCUUGGCCAUUGAGGAUUUCUUCUGGCAGGCCGGGGAUAUGGCCGAUCGCAUCGAUGACCUGCAGGAGGAUCUCAAUCGCAAUGAUUUCGCUGAGGAUGUGACACUGGCGCGCCAUGCCAUCGAUCAUCACAAUGAGAUGAGAAAGAAGAUCACAAAGCUGCCAAUCGAGGAUCUGGAUAUGCAGGGCAAGAAGCUGCUGGCAAAGAUCAAUGCAGUGGCAGGAGGACAGGGCUCUGGGCAGCAGCCUGCUGGCGGUGGCUCCACCUCGGACACUGCCAGUCUGGAUUCGGGCACCUCCUCCGCGGGACAGCAGCAGCAGGGAGGAGGCCAGCAGACUGUCGCACGGGGUGUGGGCAACAAUCCGGACAUGUCGGCGGCCAUCAAUAAGGCGCUGCGACAGAUCGACCUCAUACACACGGGCCAGGAGCGACUCCUCAUGCUGUGGCAGCACAAGAAGGUGAAGCUCGAUCAGUGCUUCCAGUGGCGUCUGUUCGAGCAGGAUUGCGAGAAAAUGUUCGACUGGAUACUGCACAAUCGGGAUGUCUUCCAGAUGAGCUACGUGGAGAUUGGCCACAACUACUCGGUGGCCAAGUCGCUGCAGGAUGAGCAUCAGAAAUUCGCCGUGGCCUCGAUGAAUGUUUCGGUGAACAUCGAUAGGAUACUGGCGGUGGCGGCGCGCCUCAUUGAGAGCCAGCAUUAUGCGGCGCAGCACAUCAAGACGCUGGCCCAGCGCUUGGACAGGACAUGGAAGGACUUUGCCGCCGGCCUGGACGAGCGCACCGCCGUGCUGCAGCUGAGCGUGCUCUUCCACCACAAGGCCGAGCAGUAUUGCAACAGUGUGGCAAGCUGGGCCGCGGCCUGUCAGGCCUCGCAGCCGCUACCCUCGGACAUCCAGAGUCUGGAGACGGCCAUCCGCACGCAUCAGUCGCUCUACGAGGCCAUGUGCCAGGCGUACACCGAAGUGCAUUCGACCUCCAAGAAGCUGCUCUACCAAUUGGAUCAUCUCGUGCAGGUGUGCAACCAACCGCCGCCCCCGGGUGUGCCCGACCAUCGAAAGAACAGCAGCUUCAACAAGUACGAGCGGCAGAACCCAGCGGCGGACUACAGCGAGGGCGCCAGCCAUGUGCUGGCCGUGAUACACCAAAUAUUGGGGCACCAUCGCACCCUGGAGGCCAAGUGGCAUCAGGAGCGCAUACGCCUGCAUCAGACACUCGCCCUGCGCCUCUUCCAGGAGGAUGUGAAGCAGGUGCUCGACUGGCUGAAGAAUCACGGCGAAGUGUUCCUGCGCAAGAACACGGGCAUCGGCAGGAACUUCCACAAGGCGCGCGUCUAUCAGACGUCGCACGAUAACUUUGAGAAUGUCGCCCAGAAUACGUACAGCAAUGCCCAGAAGCUGCUCGGGGCGGCGGAUGAGCUGGCGCGCAGCGGGGAGGCCGAUCCCAAUGAGAUCUAUUCGGUGGCCAGGGAGCUGGAGCUGCAGGUGGGCAGCUUCGCGGAGCGUGUGGAGCAGCGGCGGCGACGCCUGGAGAUGGCUGUCAUCUUUUACACCCACGAGAAGGAGGUAACGGCAUGGAUCGACAAGCUGCGCACGUACGUGAGUGCGGAUGAGACGCGUCUGUCGCAGGAGGAUCUCGAGGGCAUCGAGCGCAUAUUGCAGCAGUACCAGCGCGAUCAGCAGGAGAGCACAGUGAACGUUUGCAUGACGACCAUAGCCCAGGGCGAGGCGCUGCUGCAGGAAAUGCGCGCCCUGGAGUAUGUGGACAAUACGGGAUCCAUUGCGGCACUCGAGGCCACCCUGGAGAAGCUGAGCAAUCAGAAAAUGGAGCUGGAGGAGCUGUGGUCUGCGCGCAAAUUCCGUGCCGAUCUGAUACUCCGCUUGCGUUACUUCGAGCGCGAUGCCAUGGAGCUGUCGUCGCAGCUGGAGAUCUGGUCCGAGGAGCUGCAGCAUGCGGAUCUGUCGCGGGACUACCAGAAGGCCGAGCAGCUCAUUCGCAUGCACAACGAAUCGGUGACGGACAUACAGAAUGCCACCUACGAGAUCCUGCAGCAGGGACAGGAUCUGCUGCAGCUAUUCGAGAACGCGGGCUUCAUCUCAAUGGCCGAUGCCACGCACACGGCACAGGCGCGCAUCGAAUAUUUGCUGGACUUCCUGCGCGAGCGUGAGAUGGAGCUGGAGGAGCUGUCGGAGGCGAAGCGCGUCAAGCUGGAGCAGGCCGUGCAGCUGUGUCAGUUCCAGAACGAUGCGAAUCAAGUCAUCUCUUGGAUACGCAAUGGCGAGGCCAUGCUGGUGGCCAGCUUUGUCACGCCCAACAGCUUGCAGGAAGCGGAACAGCUGCGCAAGGGACACGAACAGUUUCAGAUUGCCAUUGAGAAGACGCACACAUCGGCGGUGCAGGUCAAGUAUCGUGCGGAUGCUUUGAUCAAUGCCAAGCACUAUGACCCGCAGUCGAUACGUGAGAUCAGCGACGAUGUCACCAAGAAGUGGCAGCAGCUGGUCACGUAUGCCGAGGAGCGCCACAAGCUGGUGACGGCUUCGAUUAACUUUUACAAGACGGCGGAGCAGGUGUGCUCCGUGCUGGACAGCCUGGAGCGGGAGUACAAGCGGGAGGAUGACUGGUGCGGCGGCGGUGGCAGCAGCGACAAGGCCCAAACGAUUGUGCAGCUCAUCUCGAAGCAUCAGGAGCAAAAGGAGGCCUUCCUCAAGGCCUGCACCCUGGCACGCCGCACCGCCGAGACAUUCCUGAAGUAUGCGAAUCGCUCGCAGCAGUACUACCAGUACAAGGGGAACUGCGAGGCGCAUGUGAAGAGCAAGCUGGACAAGCUGCUGACGCAGGAGAAUCAGGUGCUGGACUACUGGACGCUGCGCAAGAAGUCGCUCGAUCAGUGCCAGCAAUUCGUGCUGUUCGAGCGGAGUGCCAAGCAGGCCAUCGAAUGGAUACACAACACGGGCGAGGCGUAUCUCUCGUCGCGCACCAAUCUGGUGGGCAUCACCAAGGAGGAGACGGAGGGUCUGCUCAAAGAACACAACGAAUUCCGGAGCACCGCCAAGGAGACACGCGAGCGGGUGAAGCUGCUCAUUCAGCUGGCGGACAGCCUGGUGGAGAAGGGCCAUGCCCAUGCCACGGACAUCAAGCAGUGGGUGGCCUCGGUGGAUCAGCGCUACAAGGAUUUCAGCAAUCGCAUGGACAGCUACUGCGAGCAGCUCGAGAAAUCUCUGGGCAUGUCGCAGCAGCAGCUGCUGUUGGGCUCCUCCGAUGCCAAUAGCUCGAUGUGCUCCUCGUCGGGCAUCAGCAGCGGCGGCUCAGCGGGCGGCAGUGGCAGCAGCGGGGAUCGCCACUCGGAUCCCACGCUGGAGGCCAAGCUGAACUCCUCCUCGAACUCGGCCGCUAGCAAGGAGAUCAACGAGGAGAAACGCAAAUCGGCGCGACGAAAAGAGUUCAUUAUGGCCGAACUGAUGCAGACGGAGCGGGCGUAUGUGAAUGAUCUUGCCACAUGCAUCAAGUGCUUCCUGGAGGAGUUCCGCGGCGGUCGCAACGUGCCGCCCGCUCUGGUCGGCCAGGAGGAUGUGAUAUUUGGCAACAUCCGUGAGAUCCAUCACUUCCAUCAGAAGAUCUUUCUGCGUGAGCUCGAGAAGUACGAGACAAUGCCCGAGGAUGUGGGCCAUUGCUUCGUCACUUGGGCCUCCAAGUUCGACAUGUAUGUCCAUUAUUGCAAGAACAAACCCACGUCCAACAAUCUCCUGGUGCAGCAUGCGGGCAACUACUUCGAGGAGCUGCAGCGGCGCCUCGAAGUGGAGCAUCCACUGCCCGCGUAUCUCAUCAAGCCCGUGCAGCGCAUCACCAAAUAUCAGCUGCUGCUCAAGGAUCUGCUCUCGUGCUGCGAGGAGAGUCACGGCGAGAUCAAGGAGGGUCUCGAGGUCAUGCUCAACGUGCCCAAAAAGGCCAACGAUGCCAUGCAUCUGUCACUGCUCGAAAACUGCGACGUUUCGGUGGACAAACUGGGCGAGGUGGUGCUCCAGGAUGCCUUCCAGGCGUGGGACACCAAGCAGAUCAUACGCAAGGGACGCGACCGACGGGUGUUCCUCUUCGAGCUGUAUCUGGUGUUUGCCAAGGAGGUGAAGGAGUCCAGCGUGGUCAAGUAUCAGUUCAAGAGCAAACUCAUGACCACGGACAUGGGCAUCACGGAGCACAUCGAAGGCGAUGAAACAAAGUUCGCCGUGUGGACUGGCCGAUCGCCCAUGCUAUCCGAUUGUAGGAUUGUCCUCAAGGCCAACAGCCUGGAGACCAAGCAGAUUUGGGUUAAGAAACUGCGUGAAGUCAUGCAGGAAACCUGCUUCUCUGGCACUUCGCUGACGCUACCAAAGUCCCCUGCCAAGCAUUCGGGCUCCUCGCAGCGUUCCUCCAGAGAUCUCGAUGAACAGCUCACAGAGAACGAUCAUGAUCGCUGUUCUUUGGCCAGUUUCGGCUCCGGCAAUACCACAGAUAGUGAUAAUAAGUUGGGCAACCAGGAGGCCACAUGGGUCGUCGCCGACUACAUUGCCACCAGCGGCAGCAACGAGCUGAGCGUCAGCAAGGGCCAGCAGGUGGAAAUUAUUGAGCAGCCCUCGGCCACGGAGCCGGACUUUUGCCUGGUGCGCCUCAAUCCGCAGCACGACGAUGCCGCCGUGCAGGAGGGCCUGGUGCCCGUCUCAGUGCUCAAACCGCCGCCGGGCUCACACAACAAGGCAACCGGAUCCACGGCAGCUGCAGGCGGCGCAAAGGCCAACGAGAAUAUGCAGGAACAGGGCAAUCGCAGCAAGACGGAUGCUCUUUCCUCGUCCACCAAGCGUCGUGGUUUUAGCGGACGAAACUGGUUGCCGCUGAUGAAUCGCAAGGUGGAGAAGCCGCCGAGCAAUAAGCCACUCGUCAAGAAGCCCUCGGAGAAGAAUCUGCGACUACCCCAGAAGCACGCCGAGGAUUUGGCCACCGAACAGCAGCAGCAGCAACAACAGCAGCAGCCAGGUGGCAGCCCCUCAACGGUGGUUCCCCAAUUCCCUACACAGCAUCAGGCGCCGCCCCCACCAUCCAGCGGAGCUGGGGCUGGCGCUGACUAUGAGCCGGAUGAGGAGGCUGGACUGGAGAUGCCGCCGCCCAUGAAGCCCAUCCAGGAGCCACACUUGAUGGCCAAUGGACCGCCCGCAUUUACAAAGGACGUCAAGGAGAGCUCCUCAAAUUUGGCCAACAGCGGCAAAAUGGAUGGCAAUCCACUAUCGGAAAUUGAACAAAUUGUCAGGGAGAGAACGGAACAGCACGAGUCCAAUAGCCGCGUGGAUGUGGGUGGCGGCGAGAAUGCCAGCACCAAUGGACAUGGUCGCUCCCAUGGCUCCACCGACAACAAUGAAGAGAGCCACAGUGCUGUCAGCGACAAGGCAGCGGCCCUAAAGAAGCGGCAAUGCGUGUUUGCCGAGCUCGUGUCCACCGAGGAGUCGUAUGUGCAGGAUCUUCAGGAGAUUGUCAAUGGCUACAUGUCGGAGAUCAACAACACAAAUAGUGAUAUUCCCAUGCCAGAGGAUCUCAAGGGGGGCAAAAUGAAACUGGUAUUCAAUAACAUCAAGGACAUUUACGAGUGGCACAGGGACUUCUUUUUGAGGGCUUUGCGUAAUUGCCAAAAAUCACCAGCGGAUCUGGGACCACUGGUCAAGCGUUCGGCCACAAAGUUCGCCCUGUAUUACACGUACUGCAGCAACAAGCCCCUGUCCGAGUAUAUAGUCAGUGCACACUAUCAGUAUUUCGAUUGCAUACGCCAAAAGCUGGGACAUCGCUUGGAUCUAAGCAAUCUGAUCAUUAAGCCAGUGCAACGCAUUACCAAAUACGAGCUGUUGAUCAAGGAGAUCAUCAAGGCCACAGAGGCCGCUGGGCUGUACAAGGAGGUGCCCAUGCUGCAGGAGGCCUACCAGCACAUGAAGGUCGUUGUGAAGACAGUGAACGACAUGAUGGUGGUGCUGCGCAGCCUGCAGGACUUUGAUGGAGAGAUCACGGCGCAGGGCAGUCUCCUGAUGCAGGGUCCCCUCAAUUGUCUGGUGGAUGCUGGGCAGAAGCAGCGAGAGCUGCAGGUGUUCCUCUUCCAGCAGAUCGUCAUCUUUGCGGACAUUGAGAAGGCAAAGAAUCAGUACUCCAGCCCCACAUUCAAAUACCGAUCGCACAUACAGCUCAACCACAUGCAAAUGAAGGAAUUGGGCGAUUGUCGCUUUCAAAUCAAGUCAACGGAUCCCAACAAAAUCCCCGAGGUCACAGUCGUGUGUCAGGCCUCAACGCAGGAGCGCUAUGCGGACUGGCGCGAUAUGCUGAACAAGAUCUUGCAGCAGCAAAACGAUUUGAUUUUCAUGCUCUCCAAUCCUCUGCAAACCAAAAACAAGUGAACAAAAACAAGAGAGAGGG